CUGAAGGGGGAAAAGUAGCUUUGUCUGGUAGCAGAAGGGUUAAGCCAUUUCCCCCCUCACUUUGCCCGUUUCAAAUUACAAUGAGAAGCCUCUUCUCUCCCAGCAGGGUUGUGCUUACAUUAGCUUUUAGAUCUCUCUUGAAGGGAGCUGCUAUGAUUUUUGCCUGCUAGAGGUGGAAAUAGCAGUUAAGGAACUGAAAGGGGCUGGGUGGAUUUUCAGCAGGAUCUUUUUUCCCCCUUCCCUGAGUGAAUUUGGGGAAAGGCCUUUCAAGUGUUUGGUGCAUGUUUCAGAUUUACUGGGCAUUAAGAAGAGUGUAAAGAUGUUCAUGGUCUCAGCUGAGUAUUGAAAAAAAACCCACAGAUGUCCACCAUCAACCUGCAGAUCAGAGCAGAAAAGAUGUGUUUCAGGAAAGGAUGCAAGGUGGGAGAACAGUCAAUUAAUUGAUUGAUGAGAAAUUUUUUGCAGAAAACUGCUCUGAGAAUGUCAGCGUGACUGAAGAUGGUCUGCCGCUAAUACAACCGCACCCCCAAAAUCUGGUUAUUUACGGUUUCUGUACAGGAAUGCCUGCAUCAGCUGCCCAAGUUCUGGUCCUCUGAUCCAUCAAUGCAGAAAAAAAAGUCACAGCAGUGGAAAAUUGGAAGCCCGAAUUUCAGCUUUCUUAGAAAGAGCUGCAGCCUGAAACAUCCCGUAAGAUUUCAAUAAGCGGCGGCAUAAAAUCAGCAAAAUGUUACGCUGAGAAAUGACAACCUUGACAUGAAGAAUAGGUAAUUCACCGCUCAUCUUUCCCCCAGCCAUCCCCAGCCACCGGGACAGCAGACCUCCUAAGAUCUCCUAAGACUAAGCAGAAGGAGGGGGGAACGGAUCCCUUUUGUGUGCGUGUGUAUGUUUUUGUUUAUUGCGCAUAUUGAGAUAUAAAAAAUAUGGACCAAACUUUGCUGAAAGCUCUAGUGAGCUUGUUCUGGAAUUACUGGAUUUUGAUGGGUUCUGCUAAGGGCGGCGUAGGAGACAACCACGUCCACUCCAGUUUUAUUUACAGGAGGCUGAGAAACCAUGAAAGGCGAGAGAUCCAGAGAGAAAUCCUCUCCAUCCUGGGCUUGCCUCACAGACCCAGGCCAUUUUCACCUGGCAAGCAAGCCUCCUCUGCACCCCUCUUCAUGCUGGACCUCUACAACGCCAUGACGAAUGAAGAAGACGCGGGAGACCUGGCGUACUCGCUCCAGGGAUCCCUGGGCGGAGAGAGCAAAGGGCAGAGAAAGGGAGAGCCGCCGGCAUCUCCAAAUGGAUCCUCCCGGAGAUUACACGUAUCGCGCGCCACGCCGCUGCUGACCACACAGAGACCUCCCUUAGCCAGCCUGCACGACACCAGCUUCCUCAAUGAUGCCGAUAUGGUCAUGAGCUUUGUCAAUCUGGUUGAAAGAGACAAGGAUUUUUCCCACCAACGACGACAUUACAAAGAAUUUCGAUUUGACUUGACUCAGAUCCCACAUGGAGAGGCAGUGACAGCAGCUGAAUUCCGGAUUUACAAGGAUCGAAGUUACAGUCGAUUUGAGAAUGAAACCAUUAAGAUUAGCAUUUAUCAGAUAAUUAAGGAGUACCCAAACAGGGAUGCAGACCUGUUUCUGUUGGACACAAGACGGGCUCAAGCAUUUGAUGUUGGUUGGCUUGUGUUUGACAUCACUGUGACCAGCAAUCAUUGGGUGAUUAAUCCGCAGAAUAAUUUAGGAUUGCAACUCUGUGCUGAGAUGGUAGAUGGAUCGCAAGGUUUAAGAAGAGGUCGCAGUAUCAAUGUGAAAUCUGCUGGCCUUAUAGGAAGGCACGGUCCUCAGUCAAAACAGCCAUUCAUGGUUGCUUUCUUCAAAGCAAGCGAAGUCCUUUUUCGAUCUGUCCGAGCUGCCAACAACAAAAAGAAAAAUCAGAACCGCAACAAAUCCAGCACUCCUCAAGAUUCCUCAAGAAUGCAAAGUGUUGGGGAUUAUAACACAAGUGAGCAGAAACAAGCCUGUAAAAAACAUGAACUCUACGUGAGCUUCCGAGACCUGGGGUGGCAGGACUGGAUUAUAGCUCCAGAGGGUUAUGCUGCAUUUUACUGUGAUGGAGAAUGUUCCUUUCCUCUCAAUGCCCACAUGAAUGCAACAAAUCAUGCCAUAGUGCAGACUCUGGUCCAUUUGAUGUUUCCUGAUCACGUCCCUAAGCCUUGCUGUGCCCCAACGAAACUGAAUGCAAUCUCUGUGCUCUACUUUGAUGACAGUUCAAAUGUUAUUUUGAAAAAGUACAGAAAUAUGGUGGUACGAUCAUGUGGUUGCCACUAGAAUCAGUUUGUAAAGCAGAAGAUUCUAAAGACUCAAAAUUUUCUGAAUGGCAGUAAAGGCAAUAGAUUGCCUCUUUUUUAAAAAGAAAAAAACUAACCUAAACUAUUUAUUUUAGUUUAUUUCAUUUCUCAUUUCAUGUAUAGUAUUAUGUACAUAGUAGCUUUUAUUUAUUUAAAGGAAUAUACUUUCUUUUGUAUGGAUGACAUUUCAAACACUUUAUUAUAUGGUUUAUGUUAGUAUGUAGUAGAACAUUGAAGUCAGAUUUUCAGUUAAUCAUGCUGAGAUUUAUUUCAUUUUUUUAAAAUAAAGCCUUUGUAUAGUUCUCUUCCCCCCCCAUUUAACUUAGAAACUCCAGAACUCCCGUGACUGUUUUAUAUUGUUAAAGGAAAUUGAAUACAUUUGCCUACAUUGUGCCAAUGAAAACUCUGGCGAGCUAUUUAUUUAGAAAAGGCACUGAGAAAGGGCUAAAAAAGAAAAAAAAUGCUUAGCUUAAAACAAUUCUCCUUUUAGAAGUUCUGCUCCAUUAGAUAAAGUAAAAUGCUGAACUGUGUUUAAAUAAAUAAAUAGCAGUUUAAAUGUAGAGGCUGAAAGAUUGAACAUAAUUGUUAAAGCUGUUUUCUUUAGCAGAAUGAGUGUAACCAUAGGAGCUAUGUUACUUCUAUUUGCUAGUGGGUUGUAGAUUUUGCUGGAGGCAUAAAGCUCUGGGAGUUCAGUGGAAAGAGCCCAUUGCCUGUGUCUAUAACUUUCCAAGUUAAAGGGGCGGGGGAUGGAAUGUAAAACAACCUUCUUACCUCAAGUAAAUCCUAUUGGUCUAUUAACUACAACACUACUGCAAUGGAUUGUCUUUAUAGUACAGAAAAAAAACCAUAUCAGCCAGCCUCCUUGCAAAGUGAGCGAGAGAUUAUGAAAUGGAGAAUAAGCAGAGGGAAGAAAACUUAGAUACCCUCAAACCAAUUCUCAUAGAGCAUUAUUUAAAUUAAGAAUGCCCAUUUACUUAUUCCAUGGAUUACUUAAUCUCUCCUUCAAGCCUCAUUUAAUAGGAUUUGUGUCUGUGACAGGGAGGUGGAAGUGCACACUGUAGCAGAAUAAUGUGGUCAGUUGUAUGUAGUUUCAAAAAAAACUAAUUUAUCUCAGAAAUAACAUUUUUCUGUUUUUAAUUUUUUUUAAAAAAAAUCUGCUGAAAUACUAAACAAUUUCUUCUGUCUUUUUGAAAGAAAAAAGCAUUUCAGCGGCUUUUAACUGUGUUUAAUUUACCACAAGGCCUUAGUUAAACUGCAGUUCAUGUACUGUAAUGCAUUUUAAUAUAGGUAUCUCUUAUGAUUUGCUGGUUUGAGGAGCAAUCAUGAAGGUUAGAAUUAAUUUGGGAAACAUUUGAAAAGGAAAUGAAUUUGUAAUUUAGAUAGAUUGAAGGUUAUGGUUAUUUGGAACUGAGUUUAUUUUAAAUAAAGUUUGAAAAGUGUAUUUUG